AUGGCAUCGGCUUCUCAACUUGAUGGAGUUGCACAACUUAACGUUGCUAAGACUGCGGCGACUGCUAAAAUAGAAGAAGCCAGAGCAAGAAGAGCCAAGAGGCUGAAAGAAGCUAAGGAUGAGGCUAGGGUUGAGGUUGAUACCUAUAAAGAAGAGCGAGAGCGACAGCUUAAGAAAGCAGAAGAAUUGGUUAGAUUUGUUUUUGUUUAUUUUUCAAAGGCUGACAUUGCGCUAAAAUCAGUUGGUGAAAGCUGGUUUUCGACUGACGUUGAUAAAGUUGAAAAACUUUUUAACACGAAUAAAGAGUCUGCAUUGACGCUUUUAUUGCAUAAAGUUCUCAAUGUUGAACCAAAAAUUCACCAAAAUUUAGUCAAUAGUGCUUGA